GUGGCUUUGGGUGCCCAGGAUUCUGGAUCGUGGUUGCAUUUGGAAAGAAAAAAGGAUCAAUCGACACGUUUUGGAAGUGUCCGUGGGUGAAUAAAAAGGAGGGGGGGGGCGCAAAACUGGGGUUGCGGCUGCUUAAAGAAAAAAAAAAAAAGAAGAAGCAUCUUGAAUCCUGAAACAAGAAUUAUCGGGUGCUCGAGAUUCCAAAAUAAAGCGUCUAAAACUGGUAAAUACUUUGACCAUUUCGGCUUGAAUUUGACGGCGAAGUGUUGUAGAAACUGUCUCCUUGAAUGAUUGGAAGGGGACCGGGGGAAGAUGAGGGGGCUCCCUCUGUGGAUUUGUCUGGCUGAGGGAUAUAGACCUGCAGCUAACUGGAUUUGAUUUAUAAGAGGGAAAUCUACAGUCAAUGGCCACCCUCACCAAAUUGCUACUAUGGAAAACAGAAUGGUCAAUAGGAUAUGGUCUGAUAAAUAGAGAUGAUUGAAGAUGCUGCCUCAAUACAUGUGAAAUCAAUGGGAGAUACUUGCUGCAUGAAGAGUGUUCUGAACUUUUCCCGACCAGCUCACUUUUGAGGAAUUGGAGGCAUAUUCUACCAUUAUACAGUCCGUCUCGAGUGGAUAUAAAUACAUUUGCCUCACUGUAACCAGACAGCUAGACAACUAAUGUGGGAUCAUGGCACGGCCCAGAUGCAUGUGGCCAGAUUACGUUUGGAGAGCAGUGAUGGCAUGCUUGGUACACAGGGGAUUGGGCRCCUCAUUGACUCUCUGUAUGUUGGGAUGUUUAAUUCAGGCUGCCCAUGUGCUCUCACAAAAAUUGGAUGAUGUAGACCCACUGGUGACAACCAACUUUGGCAAGAUAAGAGGGAUUAAGAAAGAACUCAAUAAUGAAAUUUUGGGGCCUGUUAUUCAGUUUCUUGGAGUUCCGUAUGCAGCUCCACCAACAGGAGAACAUCGUUUUCAGCCUCCAGAACCACCGUCUCCCUGGUCAGAUGUCAGGAAUGCCACUCAGUUUGCUCCUGUGUGUCCCCAGAAUAUCAUUGAUGGCAGGUUGCCAGAAGUCAUGCUUCCUGUGUGGUUUACCAAUAACUUGGAUGUGGUUUCUUCAUAUGUACAAGACCAGAGUGAAGACUGCCUUUAUUUAAACAUAUAUGUCCCAACUGAGGAUGAUAUCCGGGACAGUGGAGGUCCCAAGCCAGUGAUGGUGUAUAUCCAUGGUGGCUCAUACAUGGAAGGUACGGGAAAUUUAUAUGAUGGGAGUGUGCUGGCGAGCUAUGGCAAUGUGAUCGUCAUCACUGUCAACUAUCGGCUUGGGGUACUUGGUUUCUUGAGUACAGGGGAUCAGGCCGCAAAAGGAAACUAUGGACUUCUUGAUCUCAUACAGGCUUUAAGAUGGACUAGUGAGAACAUUGGAUUCUUUGGUGGUGACCCCUUGAGAAUCACUGUUUUUGGAUCAGGCGCUGGGGGUUCAUGUGUCAAUCUGCUGACUUUAUCCCAUUAUUCUGAAGGUAACCGUUGGAGCAAUUCAACCAAAGGACUUUUUCAACGAGCAAUAGCUCAAAGUGGAACAGCCCUUUCCAGCUGGGCUGUUAGUUUCCAACCUGCAAAAUAUGCUAGAAUGUUGGCCACAAAAGUUGGUUGCAAUGUUUCAGAUACAGUAGAGUUAGUGGAAUGCCUCCAGAAGAAGCCUUACAAAGAACUUGUUGAUCAAGAUAUUCAGCCUGCCAGAUACCACAUAGCCUUUGGACCUGUGAUCGAUGGUGAUGUCAUACCAGAUGACCCCCAGAUAUUGAUGGAGCAAGGAGAGUUUCUCAACUAUGACAUAAUGUUAGGAGUUAACCAAGGGGAAGGGUUAAAAUUUGUUGAAAAUAUAGUAGAUAGUGAUGAUGGUAUAUCAGCUAGUGACUUUGACUUUGCUGUUUCCAAUUUUGUUGAUAAUUUAUACGGCUAUCCUGAAGGCAAAGAUGUUUUGAGAGAAACCAUUAAAUUCAUGUACACUGACUGGGCUGAUCGGCAUAACCCUGAAACCAGAAGGAAGACACUGUUGGCAUUAUUUACUGACCAUCAGUGGGUGGCACCAGCUGUAGCCACAGCAGAUCUUCACUCAAACUUUGGUUCACCUACAUACUUCUACGCCUUUUACCAUCAUUGCCAAACAGAUCAGGUUCCAGCUUGGGCUGAUGCAGCCCAUGGAGAUGAGGUUCCCUAUGUAUUGGGAAUCCCCAUGAUUGGUCCCACAGAGUUAUUUCCUUGCAAUUUCUCCAAAAAUGAUGUGAUGCUGAGUGCUGUCGUAAUGACAUAUUGGACAAACUUUGCUAAAACUGGUGACCCCAAUCAACCAGUCCCUCAAGACACAAAAUUCAUCCAUACCAAACCCAACCGCUUUGAAGAAGUAGCAUGGACCAGAUAUUCCCAGAAAGACCAACUUUAUCUCCAUAUUGGAUUAAAACCAAGAGUUAAAGAGCAUUACAGGGCCAAUAAGGUGAACCUCUGGUUGGAGCUGGUACCUCAUCUGCAUAAUCUCAAUGACAUUUCUCAGUAUACCUCGACAACAACUAAAGUGCCAUCAACUGACAUCACUCUCAGACCCACGAGAAAAAAUUCUGUACCUGUCACAUCAGCCUUUCCCACUGCCAAGCAGGAUGAUCCCAAACAACAGCCAAGUCCAUUUUCAGUGGAUCAAAGGGACUACUCAACAGAGCUGAGCGUCACUAUUGCAGUCGGAGCAUCACUGUUGUUUCUGAACAUCUUGGCCUUUGCAGCCCUGUACUACAAAAAGGAUAAAAGGAGACACGAUGUCCACAGGAGGUGCAGCCCUCAGCGUACUACCACCAACGAUCUGACCCAUGCACAAGAAGAGGAAAUCAUGUCCCUCCAAAUGAAGCACACUGAUUUGGAUCAUGAAUGUGAGUCCAUCCAUCCACAUGAGGUGGUUCUUCGGACCGCCUGCCCCCCAGAUUACACACUAGCUAUGAGAAGGUCACCUGAUGAUGUUCCCUUAAUGACACCCAACACCAUUACAAUGAUUCCCAACACUAUACCAGGGAUUCAGCCCUUACACACAUUCAAUACAUUUACUGGAGGACAGAACAAUACUCUGCCCCACCCCCAUCCCCACCCCCAUUCACAUUCAACAACCAGGGUAUAGCCAGAUAAGAGAAACAAACUAUUUUUUUUUUGAUGGAUUGCAGUAAAACAAAAUUACUGAAGAUUCCUUGGCUUUCAACCUACAAGACUCUCACUAUUUAAAUAAGGAGGAAUAUUAUGUGAAUAUACAUAUCAAGAACUUUGGGGGUUUUGAAAAAAAUGAAUUGUAUAUAUAUAUACACAAAUCAACUCUAAAAACAAAUUUCAAUUGCUUGAAGCAAUUGUUCUGAAUGAUACUUUUUCAUUCACAUUCAAGAAUUAAUUUUUUGAAGAUUUAAGUUGCAUAAUGGAAUUAGGCAUGUGGAACACCAAACAGGAAAGAACUAUGUCCGAAAUAUAAAAAAAUUUAAAAACAACUAUGAAUAUGCACAAGGGACACACCAAUGGAAUGUCAGAUAAUUUUCACCAGUUUUUAUUUGGAGCUGUUUUAUUGUGUAGACCAUAUUUACAUAUUUGGAUAAGUACACAAAGCACCAAUGCUGUUAAUGGCCUUAGCGGAGGCUCAUGCUGAAAUUUGCCAGUAAAACAAAGGAGUUUAAAGACUGGCAGGUACAACAUUAUCACAUAAGUGCUGUCAGUAUAAAGUUGUGGGGAUAAAGGAAACUGGAUAUUUUUAGCACGAUGUGCAUGAUAAUUUAUAUGCUUGGUGGCUGUGCUGCUGAUUAAGCCGUAAUUAAAAUUCUUCUCAUCCCAUUGGAGUUUUUAAUAGAAGCUUCCUCCAUCAAUUGGCAGAACCUAAAGAAGAUUUUAAGGGGCAAAAGUAAUUACAGUAAAAUAAUUCACAGUAGCUUCAAUAAUAGAAGGAAUUAGCUAUUAAAGGUAUUUGAAGAAAUAUAGGUAUAGUGGUGAAUACUCGCUGAUAUGAAUCCCAGAAAAAAAUUUUCCUGUGUUUUUAAUGUUCUUUUCAUUCCCAUCUAAAUAAUUUAUAGAAAUAUAACCCUAAUUGGACAUAUGUUACCGGCUCUAUAAUUUGCUGUGUUUUUUUGUUACUCUGUAUUUUGUUCCUUUUGGUAAGGUGAAGUGUGUCCAAAGAGUUGUUUGAAACAGUCUUUUAUGAUAUGAAGAUGCCCCAAUAUUACCACUCUGAUGAUAGUUCUCAGAUAAUUGAUUUACUCAUGUUGCAUGGCAAAAUGUUUACCGAUAAUAAUUCAAUAUAAAGUUAUGUCCCUCUUCACAUCACUUAUCUUUCUCACUGAGGUUCAUUCACUGGAAUUUUCUCACGCAAUCUCAGUAGAGUGCGACAUAGAUAAAGAACCUAGGAGAGUCAACACCUGGAGGAUUUUAGUCUUACACAUGUGUGUGAUUUUAAAUGAAUACUCUAAGAUCACAGGAAACUCUUCAUCCCCCUGUUUACCAGUAAUAUCAGUAUAUCACUGACCUUUCCAAAUGUUUGUAUAUGUAAUCCGAUGUACAUUUAUAUUAAAACAAUGAGAUGGACUUAAAGAGCACAUCCUGAUAAAUACUUUCUCUCUUACCUGUACUAUAUUUCUAUUAGACUAAAGUUAUGUGAUUUUUUUUUACAUUUUUUCAGAUGACUAGCAAUUUUGAUAGUUUGUAAGAUAAUGCAAAGAACUUUCUCUGACAAACUAACUGCAGUAACAGAAACCUUUCUUUUCAGUUACUCUUUUUCAAGAAUGAAAGCUUAUUAUACAAAAGAAAAAAAUUGUAUACUACUUGAUGGAAACAACUUUGUACAUCUUGGCCAUGUCACUGGUCAUUGCGUGAAAUAAAGAUAAUCUGGAUAAUGACUAUUAGUCAAAUGCUAAGAGACAUGAUCUUUGCUCAUUAAAGAGCUAAAAUGUUUAUUGCUGUUUUGUCUUUUUUU